AUGAUUUACAGACCCUUUUAUCUCUUUAAACAUUUGCAAAUCUUAUGCCUGCCUUAUCAAAAUGAUAAUAAUGGAAAUAAAAUAAUAAUUCUCAUUGAAAUUGUUCAGUUCUUCUUAGGUAAUUGGAGAGAUAUGGAGCCAAAGGAGGAAAGUAACUUUAAAACUCAAGUUUACACAGCCUUUUGUGUUAAUCUUCUAGCCAUUGCAUAUGGCAACUCUUUCGGAUGGAUAUCACCUGCUCUAGAUCUCCUCAAAACAGAUGCAACUCCACUACCGAGUGGUCCAUUAUCAGAUUAUGAUAUAGGAAUUGUAGGAUCUGCCAGUAGUUUUGGAGGCUGCUUGACGUCAUUCUUUUAUGGUUGGAUAGCCGAUAAAAUUGGAAGAAAACGAGCACUAAUUUCAAUUGCGAUUCCGCAAGUUAUUGCAUGGUUUUUAAUUUAUUUCGGGCAGAAUGCUUAUUAUCUCAUAGCUGCAAGAUUUUUGCAAGGCUUUUCUGGAGGAGGCGUUUAUAUUGUUAUACCUUUAUUUCUUACGGAAAUAUCUGAAGACCGAAUUCGUGGUCGUUUGGGAUCAUUAAUGGUGCUUUCAGUCAAUAUCGGAAUGAUUAUGGCUUAUGUAACUGGUGCUUACAUCAAUUAUCAUUGGAAUUGCAUCAUACUUUUGAUUGUUCCUUUAAUAUUCUUUAUCUGUGUCAGUGUCAUCCAUGAAUCUCCUAUUUAUCUAAUGGAAAAUGGUAAAUCUAAGCACGCAGAAAAUGCACUAAAAUUUUACAGAAGUGGUUUUAGCUACAAACAAGCUGAAAUGAGUAAUAAAUUAAAGAAUGAGUAUGAUAACAUGACGGCUUAUAUCAAGUCAGCACAUCUUGAAGGAGAUAGUAAAUUAACGUUAUCAGAUUUCACAACAAGACCCGCGAGAAAAUCAAUCAUUGCUGCCAUGGCUCUCAUGGUUUUUGAAAUAUUUACCGGAACUUAUGCGCUUCUUAGUUAUGCUUCACUAGUCUUUGAUGAAUCUGGCUCGACACUUUCUCCAAAUGAUUCGGCUAUUAUUGUUGGUGUUAUUCAAGUUGUAGGUGUUUAUGUUUCAACUCUUUUGGUCGAUCGAGCUGGACGAAAACUUCUUAUGGUAACAUCUGCUGCAUGCUGUACAAUCGGAUUAUCAGUCUUUUGCGUUUAUGACUAUAUGAAAGUCAUUGGAAUUGAUGUAUCGGAUUUCAACUUUAUCCCGUUAUUGAGCUUCGCCUUCGUCAUCUUCUUUGCAAAUCUCGGUCUUGUGUCUCUUCCAUUUCUUAUAAUCACCGAGUUGACUCCUAUGAAGAUUAAAAGUACUGUAUACUCAUUCGCUUUAGUGUUUUCUUGGGGCUUGGCAUUCUUAACAAUAUAUUUUCUUCCAACGACCAUUAACGUAAUGGGAAUUUACGGAACGAUGUCAAUUUUUGCGAUUUGUUGUCUAAUUGGCGUCAUAUUUAAUAUCUUUUUCAUUCCGGAGACAAAAAAUCGCAGCAUAGAAGAAAUACAAGAAAUCAUGGCAAGAUAG